AUGUCCGAAGUUCGCACUGCCUCUCUCAGAUUUACAGACUUGCCAGCGGAGCUGGUCUCGCUUGUCUUAUACUGGGCACAGCUCUCUUGGCACGAGGAGCACUUUUCCGCACAAGCGCCGUACAUUGGGCUCCCGUACACUGGGCUCCGGCGGUAUCGGGUUCCGCAGCCUGCAUCUACCUUACUUCCGUGCUGCAACGGCAAGCAACAAGACUUCGGCGGGUGCAGCUGCAUCAAGUUGCCUUUGGGCCUCCCUUCGGCACUACCAUCGCCUGCUUACAGGGCAGCUCAGGUGUCCAAACGCUUGCGCGCCGUGCUCCUCGAGGAUACCAACAUUUGGCAGCUUGACAACACCUUGUAUAAGGCGGUUGCUACUCGCUCCCAGCCGGAAAUUGCUUCAGAUGGCCGCAGCAUCGUGGAUCCCGGCGCGCGUAGCCUGAUCGCGGUCGACGUCUGCACAUGUGUGCUUCCCGGUGUAAUGCCCUUCUACUCUAGUCUCGUACGCGUCAAACUCCGGGUGCCUUGGUCCUCAGAGAUACGACAAUUCCUUCAAGAUCAGGCGGGGCGUGGGGACAGUCCCUUGCGUUACUUUGACCUCGAGGCCCUCGAUCCCAACACGGAGCAAGUCGAGGUCGGACCACGUCAUGUGAUGCAGGCUCUAGAGAGCACCGGGCUGCUCGUCAGCCGCUUUUCCCGUGGCAAUAUCUUUUACAUCUCCAAUACCCUCACGAAUCUCAACCUCGAAAACAUCGACGAUUACAUGGAUCUUGACGACUGCUUGGAGAAGGGGUUCCGUGCAUUUGCCGGUACCCUUGAGUUUCUGACUAUAAACAUCCGCCGCGGCUUCGAAUGCACCCAGAUAGACAGCGUCUAUGACUUUCCUAGACUUUGCUACCUCCGGUUGUGCGCCCACCCCUCGUCCGCUGCUGUAGUCCUGGCUGCCAUGGUCAUGCCCCACUCCAUCGACCUGCAUUUCGAGCAGUCUGAAUCCUGGCGAUGGUACUGUCCCCGCAGAAUGCCAAAUACUUCACACGUACCCUUCUUUUCCGCCGAACAGAUCAGGAUGAGAGCGGAUUUUGUUGGCUGGAAUCCGGAGGACUUUGCGCAAAGCCUUGCCCAACCAGAGCGGACGGCGAUAAUCCACGCUGACCCGAUCGCGCCCGACCUCACAGUGGGUCUCCCCAGUCCGGGUGAAGCGAUGUGGCGCCGCUCAUCCAGAGUAAUCGGGCUGGACGUGCGCAUCGAUCCCUUCCUCGAGCCUCACCAAUUCGCAUCGACGCGCUUCCCUGAGCUGGUCAGUGUGACGUUCGCCGAGUCAGUCCGGGAGCUUCGCCCUGUCUUGCAGGACCCAGUCGGCCGCGACUGGAAAGGGAGCCUUGCUGUGCACGAAAAGACUGCUGCGCGGCGGUCUAUCACCUUCCGGGAUUCGCAGGAUGUUCACCAUGACCGCCUCCAACGGUCGCAGGCAAUGUUUCCAGAGGCAUUGCACGAUACCCUGCGAUACGUCCUUGGCUUCGUUCCCAGCCAGAGGAUUCUUGGCUCCGAACAGCAUGUUCAAGAGAUCGUGUUCGCCAAGGACAGUUGGCUGCCUGAUCAGGAUCUGGGAUACAAGUCUAUCCUGGACAGGUUCACAAAGCUGAAGGCGCUGCAUUUUGACAGCCUUCCACUUUCACCCGACGAACCUUUCACGCAUGACAUGGAGGGUCGCCUUGCUCCAGUGCAUCUCGAUGCACUGGUGUUGUAUCUGGAUCGCCCAGCGCCCGGUGGGGCUUUUCCCUGUCCAAAUUUGGAGAUCGUGCAGCUUCGAUUUCCACCGCAGACGUUGCACAGCUGGAACAUCCCGGCUUGGAGAUGGGACGAUCUAAUGAAUUCAUCACAGCGGAUCGCAGCUGGCGCAUGUAAGAUUCAUCUGACCGUAGCGGUUGAUGAGAACUUGGGGUUUCACUAG